AUGGCGACGAGCGGCGGCGAAGAGGCGGCGGCUGCGGCGCCGACGCCCGGGGCCCCGGCAACGGAGGCAGACACGACCCCGGGCUGGGAGGUGGCGGUGCGGCCCCUGCUAUCCGCGUCCUAUUCCGCCUUCGAGAUGAAGGAGUUGCCGCAGCUGGUGGCCUCAGUCAUCGAGAGUGAAUCAGAAAUCCUGCACCACGAGAAGCAGUAUGAGCCAUUCUACUCAUCUUUUGUUGCACUUUCCACACACUAUAUCACAACAGUUUGUAGCCUCAUUCCCCGGAACCAACUUCAGUCUGUGGCAGCAGCCUGUAAAGUCUUGAUUGAGUUUUCUCUCCUGCGUCUGGAGAAUCCAGAUGAGGCUUGCGCUGUGUCCCAGAAACACUUGAUUCUCCUCAUCAAGGGCCUGUGCACUGGCUGUAGCCGAUUAGACAGAACUGAAAUCAUCACAUUUACAGCAAUGAUGAAAUCGGCCAAGCUGCCACAAACAGUGAAGACACUGUCAGAUGUGGAAGAUCAGAAAGAGCUGGCUGCACCAGUAAGCCCAGAGCUGAAGCAGAAGGAGGUCCAGAUGAAUUUUUUGAACCAGCUGACGUCAGUUUUUAACCCUAGAACUGUAGCAUCAUCACCCGUAGGUCCACAGACUCCGGCGGAAGGAGAAAAUGAUGAGCAGUCAUCCACAGAUCAAGCCUCUGCUAUCAAAACCAAGAAUGUGUUCAUAGCUCAGAAUGUGGCUAGUCUUCAGGAGCUUGGUGGCUCAGAGAAGCUACUGCGUGUGUGUUUAAACCUGCCCUAUUUCCUACGCUACAUCAAUCGGUUUCAAGAUGCAGUGUUGGCCAAUUCCUUCUUCAUCAUGCCUGCAACAGUAGCAGAUGCCACUGCUGUUCGUAAUGGUUUUCAUUCACUGGUGAUUGAUGUAACCAUGGCAUUGGAUACCCUUUCUCUACCUGUGUUGGAACCUCUCAAUCCUUCUCGUCUGCAAGAUGUGACAGUCCUCAGCCUAAGUUGUUUGUAUGCAGGUGUGAGUGUGGCGACUUGCAUGGCCAUCCUUCACGUGGGUAGUGCCCAGCAAGUGCGGACAGGGUCCACGAGCUCCAAAGAAGACGACUAUGAGAGUGAUGCAGCUACAAUUGUCCAAAAAUGUCUUGAAAUCUAUGACAUGAUUGGACAAGCGAUCAGCAGUUCCCGCCGGGCUGGUGGUGAGCACUAUCAGAACUUCCAAUUGCUGGGUGCCUGGUGUUUGUUAAACAGCCUUUUCCUCAUAUUGAACCUCAGUCCUACUGCCUUGGCUGAUAAGGGGAAAGAGAAAGAUCCGCUGGCUGCUCUCCGGGUCAGAGACAUCCUUUCUCGUACAAAGGAGGGAGUGGGCUCUCCAAAGCUGGGGCCUGGAAAAGGGCAUCAGGGAUUUGGGGUGCUCUCAGUAAUAUUGGCAAACCAUGCCGUCAAGCUGUUGACGUCUCUCUUUCAAGACCUGCAAGUGGAGGCUCUGCACAAGGGUUGGGAGGCAGAUGGUCCCCCUGCUGUCCUGAGCAUUAUGGCCCAGAGUACCUCCAUACAGAGGAUUCAACGGCUGAUAGACUCUGUCCCACUGACAAACCUGCUGUUGACAUUACUCUCAACUUCCUACAGAAAGGCAUGUGUCCUGCAGCGUCAGAGGAAGGGCUCUAUGAGCAGCGAUGCCAGCGCCUCUACUGACUCAAACACCUACUACGAGGAUGAUUUCAGCAGCACGGAGGAGGACAGCAGCCAAGAUGAUGACAGUGAGCCUAUUCUGGGGCAGUGGUUUGAAGAGACCAUCUCCCCCAGUAAAGAGAAAGUGGCACCUCCGCCUCCUCCCCCACCCCCUCCGCUGGAGAGCUCACCUCGAGUUAAAAGCCCCAGUAAGCAGGCCUCUGGUGAGAAGGGCAACAUUUUGGCUAGUCGCAAAGAUCCUGAGUUGUUCUUAGGUCUGGCUUCCAACAUUUUGAACUUCAUCACCUCUUCCAUGCUGAACUCUCGGAAUAAUUUUAUCCGAAACUAUCUGAGUGUAUCUCUUUCAGAACAUCAUAUGGCCACCCUGGCCAGUAUCAUUAAGGAGGUGGACAAAGAUGGACUCAAGGGCGCAUCAGAUGAAGAGUUUGCUGCCGCUCUCUAUCACUUCAACCACUCUCUGGUAACUUCUGACCUUCAGUCACCUAACCUGCAGAAUACACUGUUGCAGCAGCUGGGAGUGGCUCCUUUUUCUGAGGGCCCUUGGCCCUUGUACAUUCAUCCUCAAAGCCUGUCUGUGCUUUCACGCCUCCUGCUCAUCUGGCAACAUAAAGCCGGUGCUCAAGGUGACCCUGACGUCCCUGAAUGCCUUAAAGUUUGGGACAGGUUUUUGUCAACAAUGAAGCAGAAUGCCUUGCAAGGGGUGGUGCCCGGUGAGACGGAAGAUUUGAAUGUAGAACACCUGCAGCUGCUUCUCCUCAUUUUCCACAACUUCUCUGAGAAAGGCCGGCGGGACAUAUUGACCCUUUUUGUGCAGAUCAUCCAGGAGUUGAGUGCCAACAUGGAUGCCCAGACGCGCUCUGUGCCUCUCAUCCUGGCUCGCCUGCUUUUGAUCUUUGAUUAUCUGCUCCAUCAGUACUCUAAAGCCCCUGUGUAUCUGUUUGAGCAGGUGCAACAUAACCUGCUUAGUCCGCCUUUUGGGUGGGUGAAUGGAUCCCAGGACAGCAACAGCCGCCGGGCGACCACUCCUCUCUAUCAUGGGUUCAAAGAAGUAGAAGAAAACUGGUCUAAGCAUUUUUCAUCAGAUGCUGUCCCGCAACCCAGAUUCUACUGUGUCCUGUCGCCAGAAGCCUCAGAGGAUGAUUUGAACCGACUUGAUUCUGUGGCAUGUGAUGUUCUUUACUCCAAGCUUGUCAAGUAUGAUGAGCUCUACAUUGCACUGACAUCCCUGCUGGCGGCUGGAUCCCAGCUUGAUACAGUCAGGAGAAAGGAAAACAAGAAUGUAACAGCCCUGGAGGCCUGUGCCCUUCAAUAUUACUUCUUGAUACUCUGGAGGAUUCUAGGGAUUUUGCCACCGUCAAAGACUUACAUGAACCAGCUGGCCGUGAACUCACCAGAGAUGAGUGAAUGUGACAUCCUACACACUCUGCGGUGGUCUUCCCGCCUCCGGAUCAGCUCCUAUGUCAACUGGAUAAAGGACCACCUUAUCAAACAGGGAAUGAAGGCUGAACAUGCUGGUUCUCUCCUAGAACUGGCAUCAAGCAAGUGCAGCUCAGUGAAAUACGACGUUGAAAUUGUAGAGGAAUACUUUGCUCGACAGAUCUCGUCCUUCUGUAGCAUCGACUGUACCACCAUCUUGCAGCUCCAUGAAGUUCCCAGUCUGCAGUCCAUCUACACCCUCGAUGCUGCUAUCUCGAAGGUCCAGGUCUCUCUGGAUGAACAUUUUUCUAAGAUGGCUGCCGAGACCGAUCCUCAUAAGUCAUCUGAGAUCACCAAGAACCUGCUUCCAGCCACACUGCAGCUCAUUGACACCUACGCAUCAUUCACUAGAGCCUAUUUGCUGCAGAACUUUAAUGAGGAGGGAUCCACUGAAAAACCUUCCCAGGAGAAAUUGCACGGCUUUGCUGCUGUUUUGGCUAUUGGCUCUAGUAGGUGCAAGGCGAACACUCUGGGUCCAACACUGGUUCAGAAUUUACCAUCUUCGGUGCAGGCUGUGUGUGAAUCCUGGAACAACAUCAACACCAAUGAGUUUCCAAACAUUGGAUCCUGGCGCAAUGCCUUUGCCAAUGACACCAUCCCUUCUGAGAGUUACAUCAGUGCUGUGCAGGCCGCUCACCUGGGGACUCUUUGUGGCCAGAGUCUGCCCCUGGCUGCUUCGCUGAAGCACACCCUCCUCUCACUGGUCAGGUUGACUGGAGAUCUUAUAGUUUGGUCCGAUGAGAUGAACCCGCCACAGGUAAUUCAGACCCUGCUUCCCCUUCUUCUGGAGUCGAGCACUGAGAGUGUCGCUGAGAUCAGUAGCAACUCUCUGGAGCGCAUCUUGGGCCCUGCAGAGUCUGAUGAGUUCUUGGCUCGCGUUUAUGAGAAACUAAUCACUGGCUGUUACAACAUUCUGGCUAAUCAUGCAGAUCCCAAUAGUGGACUGGAUGAAUCCAUCUUAGAAGAAUGUCUCCAGUAUUUGGAAAAGCAACUGGAAAGCAGUCAGGCUCGUAAAGCUAUGGAGGAAUUUUUCUCUGACAGUGGAGAACUUGUGCAGGUCAUGAUGGCAACAGCCAAUGAGAACCUCUCUGCUAAAUUCUGUAACCGAGUUUUGAAAUUCUUCACCAAACUCUUCCAGCUGACUGAGAAGAGCCCUAACCCGAGCCUUCUGCAUCUCUGUGGUUCCCUGGCACAGCUGGCUUGCGUGGAGCCUGUGCGUCUCCAGGCCUGGCUCACCCGCAUGACUGCAUCGCCCCCCAAAGAUUCCGAUCAGCUGGAUGUGAUCCAGGAGAACAGGCAGCUUCUACAGUUGUUGACCACGUACAUUGUUCGGGAAAACAGCCAAGUCGGGGAAGGUGUGUGUGCUGUGCUGUUGGGCACCCUGAUCCCCAUGGCAACAGAGAUGCUGGCCAAUGGUGAUGGGACUGGUUUCCCUGAACUCAUGGUUGUGAUGGCUACCCUGGCCAGUGCAGGUCAAGGUGCUGGCCAUCUUCAGCUUCAUAAUGCUGCUGUGGACUGGCUGAGUAGAUGCAAGAAAUACCUGUCACAGAAGAAUGUGGUCGAAAAACUGAAUGCCAAUGUAAUGCAUGGAAAGCAUGUGGUAGUCCUGGAGUGUACCUGCCAUGUUAUGUCUUACUUGGCUGAUGUCACCAAUGCCUUGAGCCAGAGUAACGGUCAAGGCCCAAGUCACCUCUCAGUGGAUGGGGAAGAGCGGGCCAUUGAAGUGGACUCAGACUGGGUGGAGGAGCUGGCAGUGGAAGAGGAAGACUCCCAGGCUGAGGAUUCAGAUGAAGAUUCUCUUUGCAAUAAAUUGUGCACUUUUACCAUCACUCAGAAAGAAUUCAUGAACCAGCAUUGGUACCACUGUCACACCUGCAAAAUGGUUGAUGGGGUGGGUGUGUGUACAGUAUGUGCCAAGGUGUGCCACAAGGAUCAUGAGAUUUCCUAUGCCAAGUAUGGAUCCUUCUUCUGUGACUGUGGAGCCAAGGAAGAUGGCAGCUGUCUGGCUCUAGUGAAGCGAACUCCCAGCAGCGGCAUGAGCUCCACCAUGAAGGAGUCAGCAUUUCAGAGUGAACCCAGAGUUUCAGAGAGUCUCGUGCGCCACACCAGCACCUCCCCGGCUGACAAGGCCAAAGUCACCAUCAGUGACGGAAAGGUUGCUGAUGAAGAGAAGCCCAAGAAGAGCAGCCUGUGCCGCACAGUGGAGGGCUGCCGGGAGGAGCUGCAGAACCAGGCCAAUUUCUCCUUCGCUCCUCUCGUGUUAGACAUGCUCAAUUUCCUCAUGGAUGCCAUUCAGACCAACUUUCAGCAGGCUUCAGCUGUGGGGAGCAGCAGCCGGGCUCAGCAGGCCCUCCGGGAGCUGCACACAGUGGACAAGGUGGUUGAGAUGACAGACCAGCUGAUGGUUCCCACAUUAGGUUCCCAGGAAGGUGCCUUUGAGAAUGUUCGGAUGAAUUACAGCGGAGACCAGGGCCAGACUAUUCGACAGCUAAUCAGCGCCCAUGUGCUCAGGAGGGUGGCUAUGUGUGUGCUCUCCUCCCCUCAUGGGCGCCGCCAGCAUUUGGCUGUCAGCCAUGAGAAAGGCAAGAUCACUGUCCUGCAGCUCUCAGCUCUCCUGAAGCAAGCAGAUUCCAGCAAAAGGAAGCUGACUCUGACCCGCCUGGCUUCUGCCCCAGUCCCCUUUACUGUGCUGAGCCUCACGGGGAAUCCGUGCAAGGAGGACUACCUUGCUGUUUGUGGGCUGAAGGACUGCCACGUGCUGACCUUCAGUAGCUCAGGCUCUGUGUCGGAUCAUUUGGUUUUGCACCCCCAGUUGGCAACAGGGAACUUCAUCAUCAAAGCCGUGUGGUUACCUGGUUCACAGACUGAGCUAGCGAUCGUCACUGCAGAUUUUGUCAAGAUCUAUGACCUGUCCGUUGAUGCCUUGAGUCCAACCUUCUACUUUCUCCUGCCCAGCUCAAAGAUAAGAGAUGUUACCUUCCUCUUCAACGAAGAGGGAAAGAACAUCAUUGUUAUAAUGUCUUCGGCUGGGUACAUCUAUACCCAGCUCAUGGAAGAGGCCAGCAGUGCCCAGCAGGGACCCUUCUAUGUCACUAAUGUGCUGGAAAUAAACCACGAGGACCUGAAGGACAGUAACAGCCAGGUGGCAGGUGGCGGUGUGUCUGUCUACUACUCGCACGUGUUGCAGAUGCUGUUCUUCAGUUACUGUCAGGGCAGGUCGUUCGCAGCCACCAUCAGUAGGACGACGCUGGAGGUGUUGCAGCUCUUCUCCAUCAGCAUCAAGAGUUCCAAUGGUGGCAGUAAGACGUCUCCUGCCCUUUGCCAGUGGUCUGAGGUGAUGAACCACCCUGGCUUGGUGUGUUGUGUCCAGCAAACUACAGGAGUGCCCCUGGUAGUUAUGGUGAAACCAGACACUUUCCUCAUCCAGGAGAUUAAGACUCUUCCUGCCAAAGCAAAGAUCCAGGACAUGGUCGCCAUCAGGCACACAGCCUGCAAUGAGCAGCAGCGGACAACGAUGAUCUUGCUGUGUGAGGAUGGCAGCCUGCGCAUCUACAUGGCCAACGUGGAGAACACCUCCUACUGGCUUCAGCCCUCCCUGCAGCCCAGCAGUGUCAUCAGCAUAAUGAAGCCUGUUCGAAAGCGCAAAACAGCUACCAUCACAACUCGCACAUCUAGCCAAGUGACCUUCCCCAUUGACUUCUUUGAACACAACCAGCAGCUGACAGAUGUGGAGUUCGGUGGUAAUGACCUCCUGCAGGUCUACAACGCACAACAGAUAAAGCACCGGCUGAAUUCCACUGGCAUGUAUGUGGCCAACACCAAGCCUGGUGGCUUCACCAUUGAGAUCAGUAACAACAACAGCACUAUGGUGAUGACAGGCAUGCGGAUCCAGAUUGGGACCCAGGCAAUUGAACGGGCCCCAUCAUAUAUUGAGAUCUUUGGCAGAACCAUGCAGCUUAACCUGAGUCGCUCACGCUGGUUUGACUUCCCCUUCACCAGAGAAGAAGCCCUGCAGGCCGAUAAGAAGCUGAACCUCUUCAUUGGGGCCUCGGUGGAUCCAGCAGGUGUCACCAUGAUCGAUGCUGUAAAAGUCUAUGGCAAGACUAAGGAGCAGUUUGGCUGGCCUGAUGAGCCCCCGGAAGAAUUCCCUUCUGCCUCCGUCAGCAACAUCUGUCCUUCAAACCUGAGCCAGAGCAAUGGCACUGGAGACAGUGAUUCAGCUGCCCCUACCACCACGAGUGGAACUGUCCUGGAGAGUUCUGAAACUGAGUCCCUAACCAAGCUGGACCGGCUGGUUGUGAGUUCUUUAGAAGCCCUGGAAAGCUGCUUUGCUGUUGGCCCAAUCAUCGAGAAGGAGAGAAACAAGAAUGCAGCUCAGGAGCUGGCCACUCUGCUGCUGUCCCUGCCAGCGCCUGCCAGUGUCCAGCAGCAGUCCAAGAGCCUUCUGGCCAGCCUGCACACCAGCCGCUCAGCCUAUCACAGCCACAAGGAUCAGGCCUUGCUGAGCAAAGCUGUGCAGUGUCUCAACACAUCCAGCAAAGAAGGCAAGGAUUUGGACCCUGAGGUCUUCCAGAGGCUGGUGAUCACAGCUCGCUCCAUUGCCAUCAUGCGCCCUAAUAACCUUGUCCACUUUACGGAGUCAAAGCUGCCCCAGAUGGAAACAGAAGGAGCGGAUGAGGGGAGAGAACCUCAGAAACAGUUGGAGGGAGACUGCUGUAGUUUCAUCACCCAGCUGGUGAACCACUUCUGGAAACUCCAUGCAUCCAAACCCAAGAAUGCCUUCUUGGCACCUGCCUGCCUGCCAGGCCUAACUCAUAUUGAAGCUACCGUUAAUGCUCUGGUAGACAUUAUCCAUGGCUACUGUACCUGUGAGCUGGACUGUAUUAAUACAGCAUCCAAGAUAUACAUGCAGAUGCUACUGUGUCCUGAUCCUGCUGUGAGCUUCUCUUGUAAACAAGCUCUAAUUCGAGUCCUAAGGCCGAGGAACAAGCGGAGACAUGUGACGUUGCCCUCCUCCCCUCGAAGCAACACUCCAAUGGGAGACAAGGAUGAUGAUGACGAUGAUGACGCAGAUGAGAAAAUGCAGUCGUCAGGGAUCCCGAAUGGUGGUCACAUCCGUCAGGAAAGCCAGGAACAGAGUGAGGUGGACCAUGGAGAUUUUGAGAUGGUGUCUGAGUCGAUGGUCCUGGAGACAGCUGAAAAUGUCAACAAUGGCAACCCCUCUCCCCUGGAGGCCCUGCUGGCAGGCGCAGAGGGCUUCCCCCCCAUGCUGGACAUCCCGCCUGAUGCAGAUGACGAGACCAUGGUUGAACUAGCCAUUGCCCUGAGCCUGCAGCAGGACCAGCAAGGCAGCAGCAGCAGUGCCCUGGGCCUGCAGAGCCUGGGGCUGUCCGGCCAGGCACCCAGCUCUUCCUCUCUGGACGCAGGAACCCUCUCUGACACCACAGCAUCAGCUCCAGCCUCAGACGACGAGGGCAGCACAGCAGCAACUGAUGGUUCCACCCUUCGGACCUCCCCUGCUGACCACGGUGGUAGUGUGGGCUCGGAGAGCGGGGGAAGUGCAGUGGACUCGGUGGCUGGCGAGCACAGUGUAUCUGGCCGGAGCAGUGCUUAUGGUGAUGCCACAGCAGAGGGGCAUCCGGCUGGACCAGGAAGUGUCAGUUCAAGCACUGGCGCCAUCAGCACCACCACCGGACAUCAGGAAGGAGAUGGCUCCGAGGGAGAAGGAGAAGGGGAAGGGGAAGGAGAUGUCCACGCUAGCAACAGGCUGCACAUGGUCCGUCUGAUGCUGUUGGAGAGACUACUGCAAACUUUGCCCCAGUUACGAAGUGUUGGAGGUGUCCGGGCCAUUCCAUACAUGCAGGUCAUUCUGAUGCUUACUACAGAUCUGGAUGGAGAAGAUGAGAAAGACAAGGGGGCCCUGGACAACCUGCUCUCCCAGCUUAUUGCUGAACUGGGCAUGGAUAAGAAGGACGUCUCCAAGAAGAACGAACGCAGUGCCCUGAAUGAGGUCCACCUGGUGGUGAUGAGACUCCUGAGUGUCUUCAUGUCCAGGACCAAAUCCGGAUCCAAGUCUUCCAUAUGCGAGUCAUCUUCCCUCAUCUCCAGUGCCACAGCAGCAGCCCUACUGAGCUCUGGCGCUGUGGACUACUGCCUGCACGUGCUCAAGUCCCUGCUGGAGUACUGGAAGAGCCAGCAGAACGAUGAGGAACCCGUGGCUACCAGCCAGCUGCUGAAACCACAUACUACGUCAUCCCCACCCGACAUGAGCCCAUUCUUCCUCCGCCAGUAUGUGAAGGGCCAUGCUGCUGAUGUGUUUGAGGCCUACACUCAGCUUCUCACAGAGAUGGUACUGAGGCUGCCAUACCAGAUCAAAAAGAUCGCUGACACCAAUUCUCGAAUCCCACCUCCUGUCUUUGAUCAUUCGUGGUUUUACUUUCUCUCAGAGUACCUGAUGAUCCAGCAAACUCCAUUUGUGCGCCGGCAAGUCCGCAAACUUCUGCUCUUCAUCUGUGGGUCAAAGGAGAAAUACCGCCAGCUCCGGGAUUUGCACACCCUCGACUCCCAUGUGCGCGGGAUCAAGAAGCUGCUGGAGGAGCAGGGGAUCUUCCUCCGGGCAAGUGUGGUUACAGCCAGCUCUGGCUCCGCCCUGCAGUAUGACACGCUCAUCAGCCUGAUGGAGCACCUGAAAGCCUGUGCAGAGAUUGCUGCCCAGCGAACCAUCAACUGGCAGAAAUUCUGCAUCAAAGAUGACUCUGUCCUGUACUUCCUCCUCCAAGUCAGCUUCUUGGUGGAUGAGGGCGUGUCUCCGGUGCUGCUGCAGCUGCUCUCCUGUGCUCUGUGCGGCAGCAAAGUCCUCGCUGCACUGGCGGCCUCGGCAGGGCCCUCCAGUGCUUCCUCCUCCUCAGCCCCUGUGGCCACUGGUUCUGGACAAGCCACAACACAGUCAAAGUCGUCCACAAAGAAGAGUAAGAAAGAAGAAAAGGAAAAGGAGAAAGAGGGUGAGAGCUCAGGAAGCCAGGAGGAUCAGCUGUGCACAGCUCUGGUGAACCAGCUGAACAAAUUUGCAGAUAAGGAGACCUUGGUCCAGUUUCUGCGUUGCUUCCUCUUAGAGUCCAAUUCUUCCUCGGUGCGCUGGCAGGCCCACUGCCUGACGCUGCAUAUCUACAGAAACUCUAGCAAAUCUCAACAGGAGCUCCUGCUAGAUCUGAUGUGGUCUAUAUGGCCAGAACUCCCAGCCUACGGUCGUAAGGCUGCCCAAUUUGUGGACCUACUAGGAUAUUUCUCCUUGAAAACCCCACAAACAGAGAAGAAGUUGAAAGAAUAUUCACAGAAGGCUGUGGAGAUUCUUCGUACUCAGAACCACAUUCUUACCAACCAUCCCAACUCCAACAUUUACAACACCUUGUCUGGCCUAGUGGAGUUUGAUGGCUAUUACCUGGAGAGUGAUCCCUGCCUGGUGUGUAAUAAUCCAGAAGUGCCGUUUUGUUAUAUCAAGCUGUCUUCCAUUAAAGUGGACACAAGGUACACCACCACCCAGCAGGUUGUGAAGCUCAUUGGCAGCCACACCAUCAGCAAAGUGACGGUGAAAAUUGGGGACCUGAAACGGACCAAGAUGGUGCGGACUAUCAACCUCUAUUACAACAACCGAACUGUGCAGGCCAUCGUGGAGCUGAAAAACAAGCCGGCUCGCUGGCACAAAGCCAAGAAGGUUCAGCUGACCCCCGGGCAGACAGAGGUGAAGAUCGAUCUGCCUUUGCCAAUAGUGGCUUCCAACCUGAUGAUUGAGUUUGCAGACUUCUAUGAAAACUAUCAGGCCUCCACGGAGACCCUGCAGUGCCCACGCUGUAGUGCCUCAGUUCCUGCCAACCCAGGGGUCUGCGGCAACUGUGGAGAGAAUGUCUACCAGUGUCACAAAUGCAGAUCCAUCAACUAUGAUGAAAAGGACCCCUUCCUGUGCAAUGCCUGUGGCUUCUGUAAAUACGCUCGCUUUGACUUCAUGCUCUAUGCCAAGCCUUGCUGUGCAGUGGAUCCCAUUGAGAAUGAAGAAGACCGGAAGAAGGCUGUUUCCAACAUCAACACACUUCUGGACAAAGCAGAUCGAGUGUAUCACCAGCUGAUGGGACAUCGGCCACAGCUGGAGAACCUGCUCUGCAAAGUGAACGAGGCAGCUCCUGAAAAGCCGCAGGAUGACUCGGGGACGGCUGGGGGCAUCAGUUCCACCUCAGCCAGUGUGAACCGGUACAUCCUGCAGUUGGCACAGGAGUACUGUGGAGACUGCAAGAACUCUUUCGAUGAACUCUCCAAAAUCAUCCAGAAAGUUUUUGCUUCACGCAAAGAGUUGCUGGAAUACGACCUUCAGCAGAGGGAAGCAGCCACCAAAUCAUCUCGGACCUCCGUGCAGCCCACCUUCACUGCCAGCCAGUACCGCGCCUUGUCCGUCCUGGGCUGUGGCCACACAUCCUCCACCAAGUGCUACGGCUGCGCCUCGGCCGUCACAGAGCACUGUAUCACCCUGCUCCGGGCCCUGGCCACCAACCCCGCCCUGAGGCACAUCCUCGUCUCCCAGGGCCUCAUCAGGGAGCUCUUUGAUUAUAAUCUUCGCAGAGGCUCUGCGGCCAUGCGGGAGGAGGUCCGCCAGCUCAUGUGCCUCCUGACCCGGGACAAUCCAGAGGCCACCCAGCAAAUGAACGACCUGAUUAUUGGCAAAGUCUCCACAGCCCUGAAGGGCCACUGGGCCAAUCCUGAUCUGGCAAGUAGCCUUCAGUAUGAAAUGCUGUUGCUGACAGACUCUAUCUCGAAGGAGGACAGCUGCUGGGAGCUCCGCUUACGCUGUGCACUCAGCCUUUUCCUCAUGGCCGUGAACAUUAAGACUCCCGUGGUUGUUGAGAACAUUACCCUCAUGUGCCUGCGGAUCUUGCAGAAGCUGAUUAAACCACCUGCUCCCACCAGCAAGAAGAACAAGGAUGUUCCUGUCGAGGCCCUUACCACGGUUAAGCCAUACUGCAAUGAGAUCCAUGCCCAGGCUCAGCUCUGGCUCAAGAGAGACCCCAAGGCAUCCUAUGAAGCCUGGAAGAAGUGUCUUCCUAUCAGAGGGAUCGAUGGCAACGGGAAGUCCCCCAGCAAAUCAGAGCUCCACCAUCUCUAUUUGACUGAGAAGUACGUGUGGCGGUGGAAGCAGUUCCUGAGUCGUCGGGGGAAGAGGACCUCCCCCUUGGAUCUCAAGCUGGGCCACAACAACUGGCUGCGGCAAGUGCUUUUUACUCCCGCGACGCAGGCUGCACGGCAGGCAGCCUGUACCAUAGUGGAAGCUCUGGCCACCAUUCCCAGCCGCAAGCAGCAGGUCCUCGACCUCCUCACCAGUUACCUGGACGAGUUGAGCGUAGCCGGGGAGUGUGCCGCCGAGUACCUGGCGCUCUACCAGAAGCUCAUCACUUCAGCUCACUGGAAAGUCUACCUGGCAGCUCGAGGAGUCCUGCCCUACGUGGGCAACCUCAUCACCAAGGAAAUAGCCCGCUUGUUGGCCCUGGAGGAGGCCACCCUGAGCACUGAUCUGCAGCAGGGCUAUGCCCUCAAGAGUCUCACAGGCCUUCUUUCCUCCUUCGUGGAGGUGGAAUCCAUCAAAAGGCACUUUAAAAGUCGCUUGGUGGGUACUGUGCUGAAUGGAUACCUGUGCUUGCGGAAGCUGGUGGUGCAGAGGACCAAGCUGAUUGACGAGACCCAGGACAUGCUGCUGGAGAUGCUGGAGGACAUGACCACAGGUACAGAAUCGGAAACCAAGGCUUUCAUGGCCGUGUGCAUUGAGACAGCCAAGCGCUACAAUCUGGAUGACUACCGGACUCCUGUCUUCAUCUUUGAGAGGCUCUGCAGCAUCAUCUAUCCUGAGGAGAAUGAAGUCACUGAGUUCUUUGUGACCCUGGAGAAGGAUCCCCAACAAGAAGACUUCUUACAGGGCAGGAUGCCUGGGAACCCGUACAGCAGCAAUGAGCCAGGCAUUGGGCCACUCAUGAGGGAUAUAAAGAACAAGAUUUGCCAGGACUGUGACUUGGUGGCUCUCCUGGAGGAUGAUAGUGGAAUGGAGCUUCUAGUGAACAAUAAAAUCAUUAGUUUGGACCUUCCUGUGGCCGAGGUUUACAAGAAGGUCUGGUGUACCACGAAUGAGGGAGAGCCCAUGAGGAUUGUUUACCGGAUGCGGGGGCUGCUGGGCGACGCCACCGAGGAGUUUAUCGAGUCCCUGGACUCCACCACGGAUGAAGAAGAAGAUGAAGAAGAAGUGUAUAAGAUGGCUGGUGUGAUGGCCCAGUGUGAGGGCCUGGAAUGCAUGCUUAACAGACUGGCAGGGAUCAAAGACUUCAAGCAGGGACGCCACCUUCUAACAGUGCUGCUGAAAUUAUUCAGUUACUGCGUGAAGGUGAAAGUCAACCGGCAACAGCUGGUCAAGCUGGAAAUGAACACUUUGAAUGUCAUGCUGGGGACUCUCAACCUGGCCCUGGUAGCUGAGCAAGAAAGCAAGGACAGUGGUGGUGCAGCUGUGGCCGAGCAGGUGCUUAGCAUUAUGGAGAUCAUUCUGGAUGAGUCCAAUGCUGAGCCCCUGAGUGAGGACAAGGGCAACCUCCUCCUGACGGGUGACAAAGAUCAACUCGUGAUGCUCUUGGACCAGAUCAACAGCACCUUUGUUCGCUCCAACCCCAGCGUGCUCCAGGGCCUGCUUCGCAUCAUCCCAUACCUGUCCUUCGGGGAGGUGGAGAAAAUGCAGAUCUUGGUGGAGCGGUUCAAACCAUACUGCAGCUUUGAUAAGUAUGACGAAGAUCACAGUGGCGAUGAUAAAGUCUUCCUGGACUGCUUCUGUAAAAUCGCAGCUGGCAUCAAGAACAACAGCAAUGGGCAUCAGCUAAAGGAUCUGAUUCUCCAGAAGGGAAUCACCCAGAAUGCACUUGACUAUAUGAAAAAGCACAUUCCCAGUGCCAAGAAUUUGGAUGCGGACAUCUGGAAAAAGUUUUUGUCUCGCCCAGCCCUGCCGUUUAUCUUGAGACUUCUUCGGGGGCUGGCCAUCCAGCACCCUGCCACCCAGGUUCUGAUCGGAACCGACUCCAUUACAAACCUGCAUAAACUGGAGCAGGUGUCCAGCGAUGAGGGCAUUGGGACCCUGGCAGAGAACCUGCUGGAGGCGCUGCGGGAACACCCUGACGUAAACAAGAAGAUAGACGCAGCCCGCAGGGAGACCCGGGCCGAGAAGAAGCGCAUGGCCAUGGCCAUGAGGCAGAAGGCUCUGGGCACGCUGGGCAUGACGACCAAUGAGAAGGGCCAGGUCGUGACCAAGACGGCGCUCCUGAAGCAGAUGGAGGAGCUGAUCGAGGAGCCGGGCCUCACAUGCUGCAUCUGCAGGGAGGGGUACAAGUUCCAGCCCACCAAGGUCCUGGGCAUUUAUACCUUCACCAAGCGGGUAGCCUUAGAGGAGAUGGAGAACAAGCCUCGGAAACAGCAGGGCUACAGCACCGUGUCCCACUUCAACAUCGUGCACUACGAUUGCCACCUGGCUGCCGUCAGGCUGGCUCGAGGCCGGGAAGAGUGGGAAAGUGCCGCCCUUCAGAACGCCAACACUAAGUGCAACGGUCUCCUUCCCGUCUGGGGGCCCCAUGUCCCUGAGUCAGCUUUUGCCACCUGUCUGGCAAGGCACAAUACUUACCUCCAGGAGUGCACGGGCCAGCGGGAGCCCACGUACCAGCUCAACAUCCACGACACCAAGCUGCUGUUCCUGCGCUUCGCCAUGGAGCAGUCCUUCAGCGCGGACACUGGAGGGGGCGGCCGGGAGAGCAACAUCCACCUGAUCCCGUACAUCAUCCACACCGUGCUUUACGUCCUGAACACAACCCGAGCAACUUCCCGAGAGGAGAAGAACCUCCAGGGCUUUCUGGAGCAGCCCAAGGAGAAGUGGGUGGAGAGUGCCUUUGAAGUGGACGGGCCCCACUACUUCACUGUCCUGGCCCUCCACGUCCUGCCCCCCGAGAAGUGGCGAGCCAUACGCGUGGAAAUCCUGCGGCGGCUGCUGGUGACCUCUCAGGCCCGGGCAGUGGCUCCGGGGGGAGCCAGCAGGCUGACAGACAAGGCGGUGAAGGACUACUCUGCUUAUCGCUCUUCCCUUCUCUUUUGGGCCCUCGUUGAUCUCAUUUAUAACAUGUUUAAGAAGGUGCCGACCAGCAACACGGAGGGUGGCUGGUCCUGCUCUCUGGCAGAGUACAUCCGCCACAACGACAUGCCCAUCCACGAAGCUGCCGACAAGGCCCUGAAGGCCUUCCAGGAGGAGUUCAUGCCAGUGGAGACCUUCUCAGAGUUCCUCGACGCCGCUGGUCUCUUAUCAGAAAUCACUGAUCCGGAGAGCUUCCUGAAGGACCUGUUGGACUCAGUCCCCUGAGCACCACACGAAACGGCGGUCGACAGAGAUGGAAGCUAGCCUGCCUCUGUGUUCUCCCCUCCUGUGUGUGAUUUCCGCCACGGGUUGCUGCAUCGUUGCUCCAUCAUUGCUCCUCCCUCCUCCCUCCCUCACUUUUCUUGGAGUGGCUUGGGGAUUUUAGGCUUCCUGUUUUAUCUCGUGUGUGUGGUGCACUAGCUAUGAAGUUGUCUGUAACCCGAGCCGUCGAAGGACCUGUACAUAUCUAGGAGCCACGAGUUGUCCUGGCCAACUGAAUACUUGAGUGUGCACAUCUUGAGAAAUAAACAAAUGACUUAAUACACA